AUGAUCAUGGAGUACACCAAAGAAGCCAAUAUCAACUCUGACUUCGUUCCGAGCAACAUUACCGAUUCACCACCUCCAACCAUGGGUGAAAGCUCGAUCUUGAUCGAUCCGGUCCUAGAGAAACGCGCCAUCUCAAAAUUCGACAAGUACAUGAUGCCGCAAAUGGCGUUGCUCAUGCUCAUUGCAUAUCUUGACCGAACUAAUAUUGGAAACGCUCGAGUUUUUGGUUUCGAACAAGACUUGGGGCUCGUUGGAACACAGUUCAAUGACCUGUCAACCUUGUUCUAUCCGACCUACGUCCUCUUCGAGAUCCCCUGGGUCAUGGCGGUUAAGAAAUGGGGAGCUAACGCAGUCCUUGCUGUCGCCAUGAUCGGAUGGAGUGUUGUUACUAUCGCAACAGGGUUCAUCCACAACUAUUACCAUGGAAUUGCUGUCCGCCUCCUCCUGGGAAUUUUCGAGUCCGGCCUCUUCCCUUGUCUUGCUUUCCUGAUUUCGACCGUCUACUCCCGGGCUCAGCAAGCCAAGCGCAUUGCCGUGCUUUACGGUGCGAUUGCCCUUUCAGGUGCUUUUGGUGGCCUCAUUGCCUACGGCAUCCAGACAAUGGGUUCUAAGGCCGGACUCGAGGCCUGGCGCUGGCUGUUCAUCAUCGAGGGGUGCAUCUCCAUCGUGAUUGGCCUGGCUCUCUGGGUCACGCUACCGUUCGACUCUGAGAAGGCAUGGUUCCUCAACGAAGAGGAGCGCUACGUCAUGAGCAUGCGUGUCAAGAGAGAUGUGGCCUAUAAGGGGGAGAGAAAAUUCGAGUGGAAGUAUGCCAAAAUGGCUUUUACGGAGCCCAUUAUCUACAUUGCUGCCAUCGGCAUGUUCUGUUCGUCCGUUCCGCUAUUCGGCUUCACCACCUUUUUGCCUACUCUCAUCGUUGGUUUUGGAUAUACUUCCCUCCAGGCGAACUAUCUCUCCAUCCCGGUGUACGUCUUCGCCUGCCUGUUUCUGUGCCUCGUCGCUUGGCUCUCAGACAAACUCAACAAGCGCGGCAUUCUCGCCAUGAUCGUUCCGAUUCCUGUCCUUGUUGGCUAUGCGAUCACCGUCGGCACUAGCAACCACGGCGCAGACCUCUUCGCCAUGUUCCUCGUUGCUGCUGGUGUCUAUCCUUAUAACACCCUUGUCGUCACUUGGGUGACAAAUAAUCUUCCCACCGACCACGUGCGCUCAAUCGGUAUCCCUUUGCUCAUCUCCAUCGCCAACGCCUCGGGAAUUCCCUCAUCCCAGAUUUAUCCGAAGAAGGACUCGCCGCGCUACAUUAUGGGCAACGCAGUCUCGCUCGCUAUGGAGGCUAUUGCUCUGGUUGCGGUCGGACUCAUCCACAUCCUCGUCCGUAGGAGAAACGCAAAGCAGGUUGGAAAUGUAUCUGGAGGUCUCCGGCUCGCGGUGUGA